GGGGCUGUGCCGGGCUGGUCCCGGCGCUCUGAGCUCCGCAGUUCCCUUACUCACGGAAGCAGUGUCCCGGCCCCGUGUCCCUGCACGGGGUAUGGAAUCGGGGGGAAGUGGCCGCCCCCCUCGAGAGAUCCGAGUUUCCCUUUAGAGAUGUCAAGAGCACUUUGAAGCACUUUAAAGAUUUGUAAAGGAGCCGAGCAUGGAAGAAUUUAAAGAUGCAAGCCUGCCUGAUGAGUUACUGAAUCACAUGAAGCUGUCAGAUCAGAAGUGUCCAGAGACUGGCCCCAGCGAUGCCCAGCACCCCCAGAGCUUUGGAAGUGGCUGUGCCUCAUCCCUAGGCCAGGAUCCCACAGAGGAGAGUUUCCAUGACUGUCAGGACUCCUUUGAGGCCAAAGGACCUGUGCUGGAUGACGAAGGGAAUGUUCAGGAUGAAGGGAGCAGCUUGAGGAAGCAGACAGAACUAGAUGAAGAAUACUUGCUAGAACUAGAGAAAGAUAUGCCAGAGGAGGAGAAGCAGAAAAGAAGGAAGGACAGCAAAGGGCUGAAGGAGAAAGGAAAUGAGCACUUCAAGAAAGGAGACUAUGGAGAGGCAGAAGACUCUUACACCAAGGCUCUGCAGAUAUGCCCAGCCUGCUUCCAGAAGGACAGGGCUGUUCUGUUCUCAAACAGAGCUGCUGCAAAAAUGAAACAGGACAAGACAGAGGCUGCCCUGACUGACUGCACCAAAGCUGUGGAAUUAGACCCUCACUAUGUCAGAGCUUUGCUGAGGAGAGCAGAACUCUAUGAAAAAACAGAAAAAUUAGAUGAAGCUCUGGAAGAUUAUAAGGCAGUCCUAGAAAGAGACCAAUCAGUUCAUCAAGCCAGAGAAGCUUGCAUGAGAUUACCACAGCAAAUUGAGGAGAGGAAUGAAAAAUUAAAGAAAGAAAUGUUGGACAAACUGAAGGAUCUGGGCAAUUUGGUUCUGCGCCCCUUUGGCCUGUCAACAGAGAACUUCCAGGUCAAACAGGAUUCCUCAACUGGCUCCUACUCCAUCAAUUUUGUUCAAAACCCCAACAACAACAGAUAACGUGGAUUCAGUGUGGCCAUGCCAGGACCCAGCAAACCAACACCCUCCACCCCCAGCGGAAGAGGAGACUCAACAAACUCAUUUCCCAGCUUGUGAAAUUGUUUGCAAUGUGGAUGUAAAGCAACUCAUUUGACUUCUCAUAGUGAUAA